CAACCGUCACCCAGAGGGCCAUCACCCCCGCCAUCUCCUCGAUCACCAACGCCACCACCCAGACAAGCGCCACCUCGACGACAACCAUCACCACCCAGAGGGCUACCACUCCGACCAGUUCCUCGAUCACCAACACCACCCAGACGACCACCACCUCGAGGACCACCACCACCAUCACCACCCAGAGGGCUACCACUCCGACGAGCUCCUCGAUCACCAACACCACCACCCAGACGACCACCACCUCGAUCACCAACACCACCACCCAGACGACCACCACCUCGAUCACCAACACCACCCAGACGACCACCACCUCGAGGACCACCAGCACCACGACGGCCGCCACCACCAGCACCACGACGGCCGCCACCACCAGCACCACGACGGCCGCCACCACCAGCACCACGAUGGCCGCCACCACCACCUGAACAGGAAGCACCGGUACCCCCUGCAGUGCUUUCACGAAUUGCUGAAGACCCAGUUGUGGGUUUUUUGUGGGACAAGAUUGUUGAGCUGAAGGAACAAGACAGAAGGAAAACCCAACAGAUCAGCCGCAUGGAGUUGGAAGUGAACCACCUGAGGAGUCUGCACAGCCAGAGUAAUGUCAGAUCAAACCGGGUCUGUAGUAGGGAUGAAAUCACAAGGCGGCUAGAGUUCGUCACAGUUGACGGCAAGAGAACGAUGCAAGUGACAAAGCAGGUGAUGGACUCUCUGCUCCCAUUUGCCCCUUGCCACAGGGACGUAUCGAGGAGACUGGGGAAUCUUCUAUUCCUGAGAGAAGAAAGGAUCAACAGAAAUGUGAUAGGCAUAAGGAAUCCUGCUAUGGACCCAGAGAGGAUGGGGGCCAUUCGCCGUGCAACGUUUGAUUUGUGCCCGACAGGUGGAGAAGGCCAGGAACAAGUCUGGAAGAGGUGUGUGAAAGGGAUCGACGCACAGAAUCGUAACCUUAAAAGACGGACAGUGUGA